GUUCACAAUCGAACGUUCGCCGCGGCUGACGUUUCGCUCUCGCUCGCUCCCUCUAUCCCCGUCUCUUUCGCGCGCCAUCUACCGCUCUCUUUCACUCCGCAACCCAGUGGCUCUCAAACUGCCAAAUAUUAUAAUAUUUGACCUCGUUUACUUGCAACUUCGGCGUCGUCGUCUGAUAAAAAAGAAAGGAAAAAAAAACAAAUUGAUAAACCCAUAUAUAUUUCAUUCGAGAGUGUUUGUGUGCAGUGUGGAGUUCAUAUAUCUCCAUCGGAUUUCAACAUAAAACCCAGUGAAAUUUACGAGUACCCAAGAAAAACCAAAGAAAUGCGUGCCAUAAACGAGAAAUAAUCAAUUAAAUAAAACUUGAAAUCAUCUUUUGAACUGUGAGCGUUUCUUCGUCUUAAAAGCAGCAACAUGGCCGAAUUAAUCAGUCAGCCCACUAAAAUUAACAACAAUAAUUUUGGUGCCGGCGUCACAAUGCGGGAGAAAAAAGGAGGGGCCCUACAAAAGCUCAAGAAGAGGCUUUCACACAGUUUCGGCAGAUUAACAAUUUCCCGCGAAGAUGGCGACGAGUCGACGCACCAUCAUCACCACCACCAUCACCGCGGUGGACAUGGCGGGCACCACAAUCACGGUAACAAAGUUCCAUACAACGGCUACAAUUCGGAGGAAUACUUGGACCGACUCGAACCGAAUGGCAAUAUACCCGCUGACAAGAGUAAUUGCAGAUAUGGAGCACAAGAGUCUGCGAAAAAUGAUAAUAACAAACCACAAGACUGGCGCAGCACGGACAGCACCGACCAUCAUGAUCGCGUCCAGAGACAGCUUUCCGUGUCCUCCGACAGCAAAUUGCUGGACGAGGACAUCCGCGAGGAGAUGAAGUACCAUUCGCACGUGGUCAUGCGUCCCAAGAAGCCGCCCAGACCAAAGUCCGAGGUCUUUCUGAACAAACAGGAAACGCAUCCGCGACGCAAACGAUUCAGUGCAUUUGGUGGCGACUCCCCAUUUGGCAAGCAGGAGGCCUAUGUAAAACUCGAACCGCUGGGCGAAGGGUCCUAUGCGACGGUCUACAAAGGAUUUAGCAAAUUAACCUACCAGCGGGUGGCGCUAAAGGAGAUUCGGCUGCAGGAGGAGGAGGGAGCUCCGUUUACCGCGAUUCGUGAGGCCUCGCUGCUGAAAGAACUGAAACACAGCAACAUCGUCACGCUGCACGACAUCGUCCACACGCGCGAGACGCUGACCUUUGUCUUUGAAUAUGUGAAUACCGAUCUGUCGCAAUACAUGGAGAAGCAUCCGGGCGGCCUGGACCAUCGCAACGUGCGUCUGUUCCUCUUCCAGCUGCUCCGUGGACUCUCCUACUGCCACAAGCGGCGCGUCCUUCAUCGGGAUGUCAAGCCGCAGAACCUGCUCAUCAGCGACUGCGGCGAACUGAAGUUGGCCGACUUUGGAUUGGCCAGGGCCAAGAGCGUGCCCAGUCACACCUACUCCCACGAGGUGGUCACGCUAUGGUACCGCCCUCCAGAUGUCCUGCUGGGCAGCACCGAGUACUCGACCUCGCUGGACAUGUGGGGCGUCGGCUGCAUCUUCGUGGAGAUGGUGACCGGGAUGCCGACGUUUCCGGGGAUACGUGAUACCUACGAUCAGCUGGACAAGAUAUUCAAAUUGCUGGGCACGCCCACCGAGGACACGUGGGCGGGGGUCACCCACUUUCCCGGCUACAAGCCGCACAAGCUGGGUUUCUAUCGACCGCGGAAACUGGGUCACAACUUCCCACGACUGUACGACAUCAUCGAGGGCGAGACGAUAGCGAACGGCUUCCUGCAACUGAAUCCGGAGCAGCGAUUGGGCGCCGAUGAUGCACUGCAGCAUCCGUACUUUGCGCAGUUGCCAAAGAAACUCUACGAAUUGCCAGACGAAACCUCAAUUUUCACCGUGGAAGGCGUGCAGCUUUAUACGGAGCCAAAUCGACAGAAUAAAUGAAAAUUAAAGCAAGUCCUCUCUGUGGAUGGCGUACGUUUCUACUGUUAGGAUCCCAGUCCUCGGCACCGGCACCAAUAUCACCCAAUCAAUCGCCCAAUCCAAUCCUCCUGGACUAUAUCAAUCUGUCAAUCAACCUAUAUCAGCAAUCAUCCAGCAAUCGACAGCCAUAUAUAAUGCAAGAAAAAGAUGAAGAUGGAGAAGAUGAAGGAACUUCUCGUGCGCGCAGAAGUUUUGUACUAUAAUUCUAUGAUACUUUUUUAGUUAUUAGUUCUCGAUUUCGCAGUGAGUUUAGCAGAAGACAGACAUACGCAGAACCAACGGCGGCAUUUUAUUUUCAGUCAAAUUGCUUAAAAGUUAGUUUAGUUCACUUCUCGCCAUCCUGCAAAAGCCGCGUCGAAAAGGAUACUCAGUUUAGUCAAAGCGCAGACACGUUUUUCUGUAUUCUUUUGUAAGCUAAAAACAAAAUUUACAUUUAAAGUUAGCCUUUAGUGAGUGAAUUUGCCUCUGUGGAUUACGCAAUAUUUUCGUUUGCAAUGAGUGAGAGAUAAUAAUCAUCAUCAUAUGUCUGUAUUUCGUUUCCAUUAUUUUUCUCUUUAGUUUUUAGUCGAUAUUUGUUCGACUGACGAGUGUUUAUCCAAAGUGUCUAUAAAAAAAUUCGAUUGGUUACUGCUUUAAUAGAGUGCAAUUAAUACAAAUUAAUGGAUUGGCGGUAAUGCGCUUAAAAAAAUCAAUUAAUCAACACAAAAGUGCUCACAAAAUGUACGAUUAUUUCCAGGCAAUUAUUCAAUUUAAAAAUUAUAGAGAUGCACAGUCAAAGUUAUUAUUUCAGCUCUUUUAAUUGUUCGAUUGUAUGAUUUUGUAACCCUUCCUUUGUCAUUAUAAAAUACAUAAAAAUUCGCCGCGCUGUUUAAGUGAUAAUUUUAUAAUUAUUAAAUGAAUUUAUGUAAAAAGAAAGUAAAUCAAUCUUAAAAGAUAUGUAAAACAAAUAAAUUUAAACCAUUUAUACCAUUUAUGUUUGCUCAUUUCGUUUUCUUAUGUUCCUAAUUUAAUUCCUUAUUUUUUACAGUGAUUUUGCUGCCGCGUGGAUGAUGAUUGAAUGUGAAUUUGAAUUCCUAGAAACAUUUAGUAAAAAACAAAUCAAAGUUUGGGAGGGAGGCUGGUGGAUCAUAAAUCAUAAAAAUUUUCGAUGCAAACUUAAGCGAAUAGAUAAACAAUUAACCUAGCAAAGAACGCAAAAGAGUAGAAUCAAAUUUUUAGCAAUCAACCAAAAGUAAAUUCGAGAUAAAAUAGCCAUCAACUAAACUAAAACAAACUAAGUAACCUAACCAAGUAUUUUACAUAGAGUUCGUAGAAAAGAGAAGAAUCGAAGAUUUAAACCAAGCCCAAUCCAUUUCCAUAAUCUAAGAAACGUAACGUACUUUGGCCAAAGACGAGGGGACGCCCGACAUCUCCGGGUUCCACUGAAAAAAUAUUCAAGAGAAGUUCAAAUAAGAGCUAAACAAAUGUGCAAAUUGAAAUCAAAGACACUUGACAUGGUUUUGAAACAAAAGUAAAUGAAUCAAAAAUGAUUUGAGUAGAGCAAACUAAAGCGUAGAACAAAAUAUAUUAUGAAUAUCGAUGAGAACGACGACGAGCCAAUUUGAGUUGUAGGCAAUCAAAUUGCUAUGAUUCUCUGAUUAAGACACGAUUCUAAGGAGAUAUCAAUAGAGCUAGGAAAUUAUCGAUAUUUUCGAUAUUUUGACAAAAUCGAUUCGAUAAUAUCGAUGUUUUCAAGGGAAAAACACAAAUUAAAUAUCGAGAAACUGUCGGUAUUUUUUCAAGCUCUAGAUAUCAAGCCCGUAAAGUUAGUUGACACUCAAAAUAACUCGAUUAGGGCCACGUUUUAAUAGCGUUCCACAACCAGAUUAUAUUUUGUAGCAAAAGGUAAAGGUCAGAUCUAAACAAAAACCAAAUAUUUCAAAUGAAUAAACUUUUUCUGUGAUUUAUGAAAAAAGUAUGCAAAAAUAAAGAACAAAACACACACUACAGCAAGGUAAACACAACAAGAAGUAAACAAAAACUUAAUAAAGAUAAAGAAUUAGGCACUUUAGAGAACUGCAAACUGUAGGAUCUGUUUAGAAUUAUUUGCUAGCCAACUUAAAAAAAGAAACAAAAUUCUGCACGCACUCAAAAUUUAGCAACGAGGAUGUUUACCCAUUCUCUCUGGUUUAUUUUUGGUUUUCUGCGAAAAGUUUACCCAAAAUUUACCAUUAGUUUUAGGAUCGAAAUAGCGAAACAAAAGGUAACGAAGCAUGGCAACGCACUUUUGCACUUUUCCCAUCCCGAAGGUUACGUCCAUAGUUUAUAAGCCAAUGAGCCAAUGGAACAAAUCGAAUCGAAUAGAAUCGAACGAAAUUAGCAAGGUUUUCGUUUCCGUUAAAUGCAAUUUUAUCAGAUAUCAGAAAUGAUUUUUCGAGGCAUUUUCCAAUUGAUUAUUUUGCACAACAUUCGAGAAGAGCAAAGCAAACAAAAGAUAAUGGAGAACAGAAAAAACUAAGCUAAUCCCUAAACGUAAUCGAAACGAGUAAAUAAACUAAGAAUGUUUUUAGCGGAACGUAUUCUAUAUAUAUAUUAGCUAAGCGGCAGGGUAAUCCCUCCCUCGGAACCCUGGGGAACGAAAGGUAAAAAAGGUAUUAAAAAGGUAAAAGAAAGGUAAAAACAUUUAACUAAGGGGCUGGAAACGGAACGGAAGGAUAUGAAACUUAAAUAUUUUUAAUGCAUUGAAUUUGUCGUAAAUAUUUAAUGUACCUUUGUUAAAAACAAAAUAAAUCUAUUAACACAAAUUACGAACUCUCGAUGAUGCAGUUAGGCGAUAGUUUAGAUGGAGCAUGCAAUUUUUAUGUUUACCUCGUAAGCAUUUUUGUAUAGUUAAACGAAGAAACCCGAAAAAACAAGAAGAAUUUUGUAAAUAUUUGUAGUUGAUUUCUAAGUAGUGAAAGACGAACAAAACAAUAUUUGGCAAGAGUAAAACGAUAGACAGCAGAAUGGGUAUAUUUAAAAUGGAAAAUGGAAAAAUAUUGAAUGUUUAUUAUUUAACAAAAUGGAUGGCAACUAAAUACAAUUUGAAUAAGUUCAACCUGUACAAUAAUUUAAUAUUAAAUAAAAAGCGGCCAAGGCCAAUGAAAAGUAA